GCUGGAGUGAAUGGAAGAGGACCUGGCUUUUAUUCCUGGGCUUGGCAUUGUGAAUAAACCCGUGGACUACUGUGCAAGGUGGAAUAUACUUUUAUUUACUGGGACUUUUUAGCACUUGCAAGGGGCAGAGGACCAAGGGCAGAGGUGCAGUAGAGGGGGCAACGGUCCCAAUGGCAGAUGCUUGGGCCAUGGCCUGCUCUGGACGAUUGCUCUAGGAGCCCAACAGGGGGGUAUCACUUCACCUGGAGACAUUUCACAGGAAGCGUGCUGAUGAGGUCGACGACGCUGGUGUUGCUCCUCCUGAUCGGUGUCCAGGCUGCAGUGUACAUGGGAGGGGGGGUGUGGGUUCAAGGAAAGGCCCAGCGAGAUCCUACGCAGUCUAGGUCACAAGGAGAGAGAGGUGCUCCUGUGGGGGGUCAGGAUCCUCACAGCAGGACCCCCCUCUCCAUCCCCUCCGCGGACUCUAAAAUCAUCUCCAGAAAUCCUCAGUCUGUAUCCACAGUUGGCCCCAAACUCUUCAACACAACUACCCUCUCCAGCUCAAAGGCUGAGCCCAAGCUUCCCACUGUGGAUCCCAGUGUGUUCGGCGUGCACCCCCUCUCAAACCCUGUGCUGGAGGAGUCAUCUCUCCCGCUGCCCGCGGUGGAGUACGGACUCCUUGUCGAGUCGCCUGACUCCAUCCCCACCGUGGACCCCAAAAUCUUCAACAAGCGCCGCUACCGUUCGCCCCGCGUGCUCUUCAGCGCCCACCCGCCCGACGCGGAUACGGGCGGGCCCCGGGCAGGGUCCCGGACCCGGCGGCGUGCCGGGCAGCCUAAACACCGCGGGGUGUACUCUGUCUGCGAGAGCAUCAGCAACUGGGUGGGCAACAAAACCAAGGCCACCGACAUCACGGGCAACGAGGUCACUGUGCUGCCGGACGUCCGCAUCAACAACAUCGUCAAGAAGCAGUACUUCUUCGAGACCACGUGCCGCGGCGCCCGGAAACCCGGCCCGGCAGGGGCCAGCUGCCUGGGCAUCGACAGCCGCCACUGGAACUCAUACUGCACCAACACGCACACCUUUGUGCUCGCCAUGACCUCCUUCAAGAGCCUGGUGGCCUGGCGUCUCAUCCGCAUCAACGCCGCCUGCGUGUGCGUGCUCAGCCGCAAGUCCUGGAGGCACUGACCCCCGAGCUGCAGAGCCCCCUGCUGUUUGACCAAGCAGCCGCAACAGCCUUACUGAUAAAACUGACAGCCCUCACCUGUCCCCAGCACCCCAGCU